CGCAACAUGCUCACAGCGGAAGGCUCUGACAGGGUGGGGUCUCUUGUCCCCCUUUGCCGCGUCGGAUAAUUGCCGGAGAAUUGAUCAGGCUCGCGAUGAAAUGAGUGAAAUGGGAGAGGAAUUUCCUGGCCUUGGCUUGAAGCUCCCGGUUCUAGACUAGACUAACGAAACGCGACGGCAGCCUGUGGACCCGGGACAUAACUUAGACAGACACAAGAUUCAGACACAGCUGCUUCAUCAAUCUCGAGCCCUCUCACCAAUCCAUCACAAGGUGACUGCGCUCCCUUGGUUCGUGGCUUUCCGAGAGUCGCAUCAUCCCUGUCUCGUCCUGUCCUUCUUUUUAUUUUAUUUCGUUCAUCUAUACGCUUCACGCAGUAUAGCGGUACCGAGACCAAGAUGACAGACAAGCUCCCUCCCCAGCUCCUCGCCCUCUUCGCACCUCGACCUCCCCUGAGAUGGGUGCCCCAUGUCGACGAAGCGCCCGAAAACCGACGCACCGCCGGCCCGGCUGGUGUCGCCCAAUAUCUGCCUGCCCUCAACGUCUACAAGGACAACGAUGGAUACGUCCCAACUGAGAGUUGGCUGCAGAUGAAGGACCGCAAGAAGCGCGAGGCCAAGGAGAGACGCGAAAACCUCUUGACCGAAACCCCAAAGGACUACAACCCAGACCAAGACCCCAACAUUCGUGGCGAUGCCUUCAAGACCCUCGUGGUGGCGCGAUUGAGCUACGACGCCAACGAGUCUGACCUGGAAAGGGAGUUUGGACGCUUUGGUCCAAUUGAGCGCAUUCGAAUCAUCACAGAUACCCAUGCCCACGAGAAACCCAACAAGAAGAAGAAGCCCCACCGCGGGUAUGCUUUCGUCGUAUUCGAGCGUGAGAAAGACAUGAGAGGUAAAGCCACCAUUGAUUUUUUCCAGAAACAUUCACACCAUGUCCCUCACCUGAGAUUUGGCCCUCAAGCUUGCCUAUCUCUCCCCCCUCUCCCCCCCUUUCUCCACCCUCGCAAGGUAUGACUUAUUAUGGUAAGGAUUUACUGACAAUGGCGCGUUGCUGCGCACGUGUGAAUAGCUGCUCUAGAUGGUUGCGAUGGCAUCCGUAUCAAAGACCGUCGAAUCAAGGUAGAUGUCGAAAGAGGCCGAACCGUCAAAGGCUGGAGACCUCUUCGCCUGGGCGGCGGACUUGGUGGCCGUGGCUACACCAAGGCUGUCGGUCCCCGCCCUAGCGGUCCCGGUGGGUUUGGCGGCGGCGGCGGCGGUCCCGGUGGCGGCUUUGGAGGACCACGCGAUG